AUGACGAGCAAGAACAUAAAGUCGUUACCGCACGAGAAGCGGAAAGGCGAGGCUGCUCUCAGUGAUUUCGCCGAGUACGUCGAGAAACAGCAGGCGCUACGAUACCCAAGCGCCAAGCCGGCCGACAUCUCCAACGCGACUGCUGCCCCCGAGCACCAGCACGCCGAGCUCGAUGAACUCUUCGACAACCUCGACCUGGCCGAGGCCACCCCGGGCGUACGAUUGAAGGACCUGCUAUUGGCCACCGACGACGAGACGCUUCAGAAACUGGAGAGGGUAAUUCAGGAGAGGAUACUCGAGGGCCACGGGGAGACCGUCUUCGAGCUCGGCUUUGAGAACAAUGGCGAAUCGAUGGGACUAUCUCUCGAGCAGUGGAAUACCGCGUACACAAGACUAAAGGAUGCGGCCAAGAGGAUACGAGCCGACUGCCAGACUCUCAUCACGAAAAACGUUGGCGGCGCCGUGGAGGCCCCUAGCGCGAAGUCUGGCAAGGACAAUCACUGCAGCGGCAAGGUUAUGAUUCGCCAGACUCCGGCAACCGUGGAGGAUGUCAUCGAAACACGAAUAGCUGUUGUUGGCAAUGUCGACGCAGGCAAGAGCUCUCUCCUGGGUGUUCUGGUGAAGGGUGACCUGGACGACGGCAGAGGACGAGCGCGAGUGAACCUCUUCCGACACAAGCACGAGAUUGAGACGGGCAGAACCAGCUCCGUGGGCAUGGAGAUUUUGGGUUUCGACACUGUUGGAGAAGUCAUUACCUCCGAGACCCCUGGGCGGAAACUCUCGUGGGAAGAGAUCGGAAAGCGCAGUGCCAAAGUCAUCACUUUCACGGACCUGGCAGGCCACGAGAAGUACUUACGGACGACCGUGUUUGGUCUGCUUUCUAGCAGCCCCAACUACUGCCUGCUGAUGGUGGCAGCAAACAACGGGUUGAUCGGCAUGAGCAAAGAGCACCUGGGCAUUGCCCUGGCCCUCAACGUGCCUGUCAUGGUCGUCAUCACCAAGAUUGACAUUUGCCCGCCGCAGAUCCUCGAGCAGACCAUCAGCCAGAUCACAAAGAUUCUCAAGAGCCCCGGGGCGCGCAAGAUCCCCAUCUUCAUAAAGGACCGCGAGGAAUGUAUAAACACGGCCACUCAGUUCAUCAGUCAGCGGAUAUGCCCAGUGUUCCAGGUCUCCAACGUCACCGGCGAGAACCUCGACCUGGUCCGGACGUUCUUGAACAUCUUGCCGCACCACGGACGCUACGACUCUGACGCCCCCUUCGAGUUCCAUGUCAACGACACGUUCUCGGUCCCGUUCGUCGGCACAGUAGUCUCGGGGAUUAUCAAGUCUGGUGUUAUCCAUGCUGGAGACAAUGUCCUCAUCGGGCCGGACUCGUUGGGACAGUUCACGACCACCAGCAUUCGUUCGAUUGAACGCAAGAGGCUGGGGGUGCCAGCUGCCUCUGCAGGACAGUCAGCAUCGUUCGCUCUGAAGAAGGUCCGUCGCAAGGACGUCAGAAAGGGCAUGGUGGUCCUGCCCAAGCUUGAGGGACAGCCGGCGCCCAAGGUUCACAGAGAGUUUAUUGCUGAAGUAUUGAUCCUUUCUCAUGCCACCACCAUCAAAACCAAAUACCAGGCUAUGUUGCAUGUCGGACCAGUUUCGCAGACAUGCGCAAUUAUCGAUGUCGACCGCCCGUACAUCCGGACCGGCGACAGGGCAACAGUGGCGUUCCGGUUCGUCCAGCGGCCCGAGUACCUCGCUCCAGGCGACAGAUUACUGUUCCGAGAGGGCAGAACCAAGGGCCUCGGAAUAGUCAAGUCGGUUGGCUACGACCCCAACAAGCCGUUAUACCCGCACGGCGACUCCGGGCAAGCUGAUGACGGUGCGGCCCAGGGCAACGAGGAGGAGAAGCCUAGCAGCGGACAUGUCACGGUUGAGGCCCUCCUGAACCGCGAGUCCAGCUUGCUGGUAAACACCAGAAACGGCGACGCCGUCUCCCGCGACCCGGGCUCCGCCGACGCGCCCCAGAACCCCGCCAACGCCUCCGCCAUCGCAAAAUACGGGUUCUCAGGCGUGGGAUUCUCCCAGAGGUCGAACAGCUCUGCGAAGCCCUCCGGCAGGCACUCCCAUUGGUCCGCGCCGCCAGGGGUUAUUGCCUGCUGCGCAAGGUACGUGAACAGCUCAUUCGCCACGUCCCUGAAGACGCUGUUUGUGCGCAGCGGGUCCGUCAGCUUCCAGACCUGCUUCUUGCCGUCGCCGAGCUUCAUCCAGUCGAGGUCCGAGGGGCUGCUCUCCCUCAGGGGCCAGGCCUCGUGGGGGCAGGCAAUGUCGACGACGUUGGCGAAGGAGGCGACGCCGACAAAGGCGGCGGCCAGCCAGAGGGCGUCGCGCUCGGAGGGGAGGAUGGGGCCGCAGAGCUUGCGGUGGAGGAGGGAGGCGCCGCGGUGGAAGUGGUAG